AGUGACAAAUUCAUGCCGUGAUUCCAAAGUGGAGAGGACCUGCUUCCAGGAGCAUCAAACCCUGGCUGGGGUUUGCAAAUCUCCCUGUGGGUGAGCAGCAGCCCCAGCAACCCGCACUGACUGCUGGUGAUGCCAGAAAUACAGCUGGGGAUCUGAGCAGUUAGUUCUAAAUCUGAUUGCCCUGCAGAAAACCCCGGGGAAAUUCUGCUCUGAGAACUCCAAAACCAGGGCAGACACAGCAGGUCCUCCCAGUGGAAGGAUCACAGUUUUUUUCUGAAUGCUUUUUUCAAUCUACAUUCACGGCUGAUCUAAACGUGCUCCCCUUCUCGGACAUCACAUCCCCUCAACCCCCGUCCCAUUGAGAGCAUUAAGAGCAUCUAUCACUCAGCACGCCCGACCUUCCUAUGCCACCCGCCCGCUUUUCCUGCCGCCGUGCCCGCACUCCGGGCCGAGCUGAAGGCAGAACACCUCGCUCCGGACCGCAGCCAACGGGACACACCGCGGCCGGAGCUCACGACCGGGGCCGGGCAUCGGGGCAGAAGCUGAGACGGCGCUGAAGGAACCGGCGCUGCUCGGCUGUAAGACGAGGAAAGUGAAAGUGAAGCGCGACCACGUGUUUUCGGGGAAGGGGAGGAGCGGAGCAGCGUUAAAUAGAAAGCGGCGGCGAUGUGCGGGCCCAGCGCGCUGGCGGAGCGGCCCCAGGCAGGGCCCCGUUGCGGAGCAUGCCCACCCGCCCGCCGGGCACAGCCGUAGCCGCCAGCACCGGGGCGCCGACCGAGCCCAUGUUGCGCGCUCCGGGGACGGUCCCCAGCCGAGCUCCGGGCGAAGAAUAGCUGCUGGAAAGCUGCCCUGCCGUAGCCACUGACGCUAUGGAAGACCGCAUCCGCUGGCCUAGGCUGUAGGAUGGUAGCGCACAGUAAGGUGUCAGCAGACAAUGCAGUUGCAGCAGACCCACGAUGUCUACUUGACCCUCCUGCACGGGAUCGCUCUCAGGCUCGAAGUUUCCGCAGCACCGGCCGGCCUGGCGCUGCGCAGGCACCGAGCAGCACGCACUUCCGAACCUUUCGAUCGCAAGCGGAUUUUAGUAGCAUCACUCGAGCAAGCAGCCUGCUGGAUGCCUGCGGCUUCUACUGGGGACCACUGACCGUCAGUGCUGCCCAUGAGAAGCUGAAGUCUGAGCCCGAGGGCACCUUCCUCAUCAGGGACAGCACACAGAAGAAUUGUUUCUUUGCCAUCAGUGUUAAGACCGCGACCGGGCCCACCAGCAUCCGGAUAAACUUUCAGACCGGGCGUUUCAGCCUGGAUGGCAGCAAGGAGACCUUUGAUUGUCUUUUUAAGCUGCUGGAACAUUACUUAAGCUCCCCUAGGAAGGUACUGGUUACCCCCCUGCGCAAAGUCCGUGUGCAGCCCCUGCAGGAGCUCUGCCGGAAGAGCAUCGUGAAGACUUUUGGAAGAGAGAACUUGAACCAAAUCCCUCUCAAUCCUGUUCUAAAGGACUAUCUGAAAUCCUUCCCGUUUCAGAUCUAAGUACAGCAUUAACUGUAUAGAGACAUGCGAGAGAUGUGUGAAGAAAUCCAGCUUCUUGGGUUUUUAAACAUGUUUGACAGUGAGCAAACUUAUUUUUGUAGCAACUUACUGUAUUUUGAAAUGCAACUUGAACACUUGACCUCCUAUGUUUACAAAAACUGUUUGCACAAACCUGGGGUUUUAAAAUCCCGGCAUCAUUUUUCUGCCAAGCAGAAUAUUUUAUUAUUUUAUAAUAUUUUUAAUGCUAUUAACAUAAUAAACUUUAUUGUGAAAGUUUUUAGAAAAGAA